AUGUCUGUUUCCGCAUCGAAAGCUAAGAGAGAGCAAAAGCGUGCCGAAAGAGAAGCCGCUAAAGCCGCUUCUGGAAAGUCUUUGAGAAAGACAAAGAAGCAAGCUGCCAAGGACGCUGAAGAAAAAGAUGUUGAUGAUGCUGCUGCGCAAAUUGCCAAAUUGAAGACGCAGACAGACGAGCACGGAUUGUCUGACAGAGUCACCACUGGUGUUUUGGAGUCUUUGGAGACCUCGAGAGAUAUCAAGAUCUCGUCGCUUUCCUUGUUGUUCCACGGUAAGGUUUUGAUUCAAGACUCCACUUUGGAAUUGAACUACGGUAGAAGAUACGGUUUGUUGGGUGAAAACGGAUGUGGUAAGUCGACCUUGUUGAAGUCUCUUGCCGCCAGAGAAUUUCCUGUUCCAGAAGCGCUUGACAUUUACUUGUUGAACGAGCCUGCAGAGCCUUCUGAAUGGUCUGCUUUGGAGUACGUUGUCAAGGAAGCCGAAGCCGAAUUGAAGAGAGUGGAAGACCUUGUCGAGGACAUCAUUGUGAGAAACGGCCCAGAAGACCCAUCUUUGGAAGGUUUGUACGAAAGAAUUGACAGCAUGGACCCAUCCACAUUCGAGUCCAGAGCUGCCGUUAUCUUGCACGGUUUGGGUUUCAACGGUGUCACCAUCAACAAAAAGACAAAGGACAUGUCUGGUGGAUGGAAGAUGCGUGUUGCGUUGGCCAAGGCUUUGUUCGUGAAGCCAACUUUGUUGCUUUUGGACGACCCUACUGCGCACUUGGAUUUGGCCGCCUGUGUGUGGUUGGAAGAGUACUUGAAGAGAUGGGACAGAACCUUGAUCUUGGUUUCGCACUCUCAGGAUUUCUUGAACGGUGUGUGUACCAACAUGAUCGACAUGAGAAUGAAGUUGCUUUUGCAAUACGGUGGUAACUACGACUCGUAUGUCAAGACCAGAGCCGAGCAGGAAACCAACCAGAUGAAACAAUACAACAAGCAACAGGAAGAAAUUGCCCACAUCAAGAAGUUUAUUGCAUCUGCUGGUACUUAUGCUAACUUGGUCAAGCAAGCGAAGUCCAGACAAAAGAUCUUGGAUAAGAUGGAGGCCGACGGUUUGAUCCAACCUGUUGUUCCAGACAAGACCUUCACCUUCAGAUUCCCUGAGGUGGAGAAAUUGCCUCCUCCAGUGUUGGCUUUCGACGACAUGUCCUUCUCUUACUCGGGCAAGGAGGAAGACAACUUGUACGAGCACUUGGACAUUGGUAUCGACAUGGACUCGAGAGUCGCUCUUGUCGGACCAAACGGUAUCGGUAAGUCCACCUUGUUGAAGUUGUUCCAAGGUAUUUUGGUCCCACAGAAGGGUAGAGUCAUUCAACACACGCACAUCAAGUUGGGUGUCUACUCGCAGCAUUCGGCUGAUCAAUUGGACUUGACCAAGACUCCUUUGGAGUUCAUCAGAGACAAGUUCCCUAACAUUUCCCAGGACUUCCAGUACUGGAGACAACAAUUGGGUCGUUACGGAUUGACUGGUGAAGGUCAGACUUCGCAAAUGGCCACCUUGUCUGAAGGUCAAAGAUCCAGAGUUGUGUUUGCCUUGUUGGCCAUCGAGGCACCAAACUUGAUCUUGUUGGAUGAGCCUACUAACGGUUUGGAUUUGGCUACCAUUGACUCUUUGGCCGACGCCAUCAACGCUUUCAACGGUGGUGUUGUGGUUGUGUCGCACGACUUUAGAUUGUUGGACAAGGUUGCCAAGGACAUUUUCGUCAUUGAGAACAAGACUGCCACUAGAUGGGAGGGCUCUAUUUUGGACUACAAGAAGAAGUUGGCCGAAGCUGUUGUUAUUUAA